AUGGCUCACGGUCACGCCAGUGCCGCGGCCUGCAUGGCCGUCAUUUGGACUCUUACUGCUCUCAGCACCUUGUUCAUCGCAGCCAGGCUCUACACACGCUUGAGGAUUGUGAAUACAAUUGGCCUGGAUGAUUACAUCAUGUCCGCCUCGUUGAUAUGUUGCUAUGUUUAUGCUGGCCUAAUUUCUGCUUCCGUAUAUUGGGGCAUGUUCCUGCAUAUGGACCAGUUGUCGUCAGUCCAGAAGGCGAACGCCAUCUUCUAUAGCUCUGCGUCGUUUACCCCCGGCAUUUUAUCCUUUAUCGUCCCGAAGCUUGGUGUGACGGCACUUUUGAUCCGGAUCUUGAACCCGACACGCCAAUUCAAAUGGGUUUUGUGGAUCUUGGUCGGUGCCAGCAAUCUCCUCAUCUUUGGCUGCGUUAUCAUUAUGUAUGCCCAAUGUACACCCGCCAAAGCCACAUGGACGUUGGGUAUAACAGACGCCGUAUGCUGGAGUCCAUCCGUACUGGAGGUGUACUCCAUCGUUGCUGCAGCGCUGUCCGGCUCUGUCGAUUUAUUUCUGGCCAUAUAUCCUGCCACCGUGCUUUGGAAACUACAGAUGAACCGGAAGAAAAAGAUUGGUCUCUCCAUUACUUUGGGCUUGGGCGUCAUUGCAUGUGGAGUUUCUAUUGUCAAGGCUACACGAUUGACUGGUCUGUUAGACAAGUCGGACUAUACUUAUUCCUCUGCUGAGAUUUUCUUAUGGACGAGCAUUGAAGCAAACACUAUCAUUCAAGGUGCCUGCGUCCCCACUAUAGCACCUCUCGUCGAGUCCGUAUUAGGCAGAAGAAUCUUGUAUAGUCACUAUGCAGGACGUUCUUCAUCGUACCUCGGCGCCGGCAGUGGCGCAAGGAAAGGCAGCUAUAACACUGGAAGCAGUGCGAGGAAGCCAAGUAUCCCAACCUCACAAAAGUGGCCAUCGGCGACGGCCUCGAACAGCCAUAACCGCAUGUCGGAUAUCGAAAGCCAAAGGAGCAUUUGUGACGACGAGAUCCCCCUCGCCAAUAUCACGAGAAAGGAUGAGUUUAGCAUUCAAUACGAGCCUGCGACGGAACAGGGCCUAGACAAUGUCAGGGAUGGACGGCCUCCGGCAGCAUGGCGCAAGAGCUUUCUGAAAUACGGACCACCUCCGUGA